GAGGAUCCUGGAGUUGGAGGCCAUGUUGUUUGAGGCUCUGCAGCAGGAGGCGGAGUCUAGGAUGGCGGGAUUCAAGGCGGAGGAGCGGCGCUUCUCCGAAACGCUGUCGGAGGAGGAGAGGGAGGAGCUACGGCGAGCCAUGGACCAAUGGAAACGAAGCGUGAUGUGCGAGCUGAGAGAAAGAGACGUCCAGAUCCUCCGAGAGAGGAUGGAGCUGCUGCAGCUCACACAGCAGAGAAACAAGGAGCUGGAGGAGUUUAUAGAAACACAGAAACGACAGAUCAAAGAGCUGGAGGAGAAGUUCCUCUUCCUCUUCCUCUUCUUCUCUCUGGCCUUCAUCCUCUGGUCGUAAAAACAGCAGUGUCUUCAGGCGUCCACAGGGGGGCGUGUCCAGCUCACUGGCUUCACUGCCCCACUCAGCAGCCAAUCAGAGCAGAGCGCAGCUGUCAGCUGACUCGCCACAGUGCCGCCGCUCCGGAUGGAGGGGUCGACCAUGGAGGAGGAGCUUCCGAGGCGAGGCGCUAACGAGCUUAACGAGCUUCCUGUCGGGGUUUGUUUGAACAGUGAGCGCGUGCUCUCAGUGUUCACUGACUGUGACAUCACAGGUGACAUCACUGAUGACAUCACUGAUGAUAUCACUGUGACACACCAGAAAAAAACUGUCUGGUUCAGUUGAAUGAAACUUUGUUCUGAUUGGCUGUCGCACCUGCAGUCAGUGUGUGUGUGUGUGUGUGUGUGUGUGUGUGUGUGUGUGUGUGUGUGUGUGUGCUCACAGUGAUGGAGAAAGUAGGUCAGAGCUUCAUGAUCAUGACUGGAGGAUUUUACAGAACUGAACUGAAGAUUAUAUUGUAUUAAAUGAUAAUGUGUUAUAUGAUAAAAUGAUAUUAUAUGAUAUGAAAUGAUUGUCAUGUAUCUAAUGAGUUGUUUUUGAAGUGUUCAUGUGUUCAUGUUUAAACAUUAUUUUUAAACCAUAUUGGUUUUUUGUCUUUUUAAAUCAUUGAAGUUAUUUGAAGUUUCAUGUUUUUUUUCCAUGAAUGAUUCGAUUUUAAACUUUUGAGGUGAAACUAUCAAAACGUGGUCGUCAACGGCAACGAAAACAAACAACAACAAAACGUCACUUUUCGGAUUCCACAGGAUAUUUUUGUAUCUGCACUGUGAGUCUGAACAUGUGACGAGUCUGACUGUGAUGUCAUCGAUCAUCCAUCAAUGUCAUCUAUGAUCGGUGAUCGAUGACAUUUAAGACCAAUUCCUGUUUGUGUUUUAUUAACAAGAAUGAAAACAAAUCACAGGUCAAUAAAAAGAGAAAACAAUUGUAAUGUAUU